AGCUAAAUUUCCAAGUCCGCCCAAAUCCAUUUAUUUUAUCCGACACCGAAAAGUCAAGUCGGAUCCUUCGCCGGAAAUUACCCGCGCCGCGGCAUAUGCCCAAGCAUUCUCUCUAAUCAUUUCCAGAAAAUCCAAGCAGCUUCGAAGUUGAGAAUCUGAUGAAGUAAUGGAGGAGCAAAAGGAACGUGAUUCUACUGUUGUUUUUAAGAAAGUCAAACUACAUGAAGCUGUCGCUGAAGGCUCACUAGAUUUUGAUGAGUGGACUUCACUUAUAUCAGAGACAGAGAAGAUAUACCCUGAUAACAUAGAGAAAAUAUGUUUAGUGUAUGACUCUUUCUUGUCCGAGUAUCCUCUGUGCUAUGGCUAUUGGAGGAAGUACAUUAAUCACAAGAUACGCUUAUGCACCAUUCACAAGGUUGUUGAAGCCUUUGAACGAGCUGUGGUAUCAGCAACUUAUUCUGUUGAAGUGUGGGCUGAUUACUGUAGUUUUGCAAGAAUGGUUUUUGAAGAUCCAUCUGAUGUUCACAGAUUAUUCAGAAGAGCCAUGUCCUUUGUUGGAAAGGAUUACUUAUGCCAUACCUUGUGGGAUAAAUAUAUCGAGUUUGCAUUCUCUCUGAAGCAUUGGAGUUCCCUGGCUGAUAUUUACAUCCAAGCACUGAGGUUUCCAACAAAAAAGCUACACCGCUAUUAUAAUAGUUUUGAGAAAUUAGUGGAAAUAUGGGAAGAAGAGAUGGAAUCUCAUAGCAAAUCUAACAUGACAACGUCAGUUGAGCCUGUUCUUGAUAAUGAAGUUUCUAUAUGUUAUAAGGAAGAUGACAUUUCUUGCAUAAUUAAAGACUUGCUGGAUCCAUCAAUUGGCUCAGCCAGGCGUAAAGCGCUGCAAAAAUACAUGUCUAUUGGUGAACAUUUAUAUCAGCAAGCAUCUCAGUUGAAUGAAAAAAUAAAUCAUUUUGAGACUCGUAUUAAGAGGUCUUAUUUCCAUGUCAAGCCAGUUGAUAUAAGUCAAUUGGAAAAUUGGCACCAGUACCUGGACUUUGCUGAAUCACAUGGAGAUUUUGACUGGGCUGUUAAACUUUAUGAAAGAUGCUUAAUUCCUUGUGCUAAUUACCCUGAGUUCUGGAUCCGUUACACGGAGUUCGUGGAAAGUAAAGGAGGAAGAGAGAUAGCACACUACGCUCUGGAUCGAGCUAGAACAAUCUUCCUCAAGAGGGUGUCAGUGAUUCAUCUGUUCAAUGCCAGGUUUAAGGAGCACGUUGGAGAUGUGUUUAAUGCACGUGCUGCCUUUCUUCAAUGUGAUACAGAAUCAGAUUCAGACUUUGUUGAAAAUGUUGUAAUGAGAUCUAACAUGGAAAAACGUCAUGGCAAUUUUGAAGCAGCUUCUACUGUAUAUAAAGAAGCAAUAGAAAAGGCUGCAACGAAGGAAAAGUGGCAUGUUCUUCCUACUUUGUAUGUUAAUUUUUCCCAACUUAAAUACAUGACUAGUGAUAGUGAAGAUGCUGCCAGAGACAUCUUGAUAGAUGGAAUCAAGCAACUGCCUUCCUGCAAGUUACUUAUAGAGGAGUUAAUAAAAUUUGGAAUAACACAUGGAAGGUCAAGGCAUGUAAAUGUGAUACAUACCAUUGUAGCAAAUGCAAUAUCUCCAGGGCCAGAUGUAUCUCAAGGUUUCAGUCCAACGGAAAGGGAGCAGAUAUCAAGACUGUACCUAGAGCAGUUUGUCGAUCUCUGUGGAACCAUCCUUGAUGUAAGAAAGGCAUGGAAUCAGCACAUUAGGUUGUUCCCAGAGUCUGUAAGGGCUAGUUCAUUUUGUCCAGCUAUGGGAACAAAACAAUGGAAGAUAACACUGGAGGCAGAAGAAGAAACCCUUGUCAGUAUGCCUCAUCAGCCUUCUGGAGAUACUGGUUCUCAAUGCCUGAUCCAGUCAUCAGUGCAAGACAAAAUACUUUCCCCACUGAAAAAUUAUGAUACGCAGGAUACCCCUGCUGCUGACCAGGUCUCAGACCAGAAAUUGCCCUUACAGGCAAAUCAUGAUAUGCUAUCUAACGAGGUAUCGCACCAGGAUGUCCUAUUGCUGGGAAAUUCCGAUGAUCUAUCUGAAAACAAUCCGGAGAACGUGUUUCAAGCAAAAGUUGACCUGCUUCAAUUGGGAGAACCUGACAACAACGUGCAUGAGAGUGUGCAUAUAGCGUCUCCCAAGGUUUCAGAACCAAUUGGAACAGACGUUCUUGAACCAAAUCUCUCCCUUGAUUUUAAAAAUCAAGUUGCUAAUGUAACUGAAAGUACUCCAGCAUCACUGGAAUUUUCUGAAGACAAUAAUGUGCGCAAAGAACAUGGAAAUGAGCCUGAACCGGACUUGAAACUACCUUCACUGGAGGGACUAUCCCUAAAUAUUCGGGAUGCUAAAUCUCCUGGUCCAAUCAGUCCCACAGCUUGUGAUUCUGGGGCAACUGACGGAACUAUUCUGCUAGAUGGAAAUGUGCUGAAGAGUGACGCACCGAAAAAUAUUAUGGAAAAAGAAAAUAUUUCAGAGAGUGGUCAGAAUGCUGUUGACCAUAUUAUAUCCAGCCCGGUGAGCACUCAAGCAACUGCUUCUGCCCAAACUGAUACCGGACAUGUUAGUCCGACAUUUUCAGCAAGUAAUCAGAAAAGUAUGGCGGACACGCUUCUGCAGCCACAGAAACUAGCAAAUAAUGGUAAAAACUGGCAUCAAAGGAGUGGUUCUGACAGAUUGCACAGAGAUUCCAAAUUUGGGUUUCGUGGGCAUUCGCAUAAAAGGAUGCACAAACAACUGCAGUCUUCUCCGCAGCGAAUGCACCCACGAGCUGAAAAAGACAUGAUUCGAGAUCACCCAUCUCAACCUCAGUUUUCACAAAAUCUACAAGUUCAGCAAGGUGGCCAACUACAAAGUCAGAAUCCUGCAUCUGCUGUUCAGACUAAUCAAACAACACUGCAAGCUUGGCAAAUGAAUAAUCUGCAACAGCAGAAUCUUUCCCAUACUUUUCAGUUUCAACCACUCGUGCAUCCUACUACGAAUCCUCAAUUACAGAUGUCUCAGCAUCCCAUCCAAAGUAAUGAGCAACAAGGGAAUGUGCAAAAUAACCAAGCAUAUGACCAGAUGUGGCAAUAUUAUUACUACCAGCAGCAGCAGCAGCAGCAGCUUCUUUGGCAGCAACAGCAGAUGCUACAACAGCAACAGCCACAGCAACAGCAGAUGCUGCAACAUCAACAGCCACAACAACAGCAGAUGCUGCAACAUCAGCAGUCGCAACAACAGCAGCUUUUGCAGCAACAGUAUCAACAACAGUUGCUCCAAAUGCAAUAUUUUCAGCAACAACAAUUGCAAAUGCAACAGCAACAACCCCAUCAAAUGCAGCAACAACCCUAUCAGCAACAGCAUCUACUUUAUCUACAGCAACAGCAGCAGCUGCAACUACAGCAACCCCAGCACCAACAGUCACUGCAGCAACAGAAGCAUCAUCUUCAACAACAAACUGCCUCAUCACAGCAGCAUCCACAUGAACAAGAACAAGGACAGCCCGUGCAGCAAACUAACACAUUACAGGUUCAGGAACCUGAUACCGGUACUAUUGAAUCUUCUGCUUCUCCGCGUCCAGUCUCACCAAAGCUGAUGACAUAGCUAUGGACAAGCUCGUGUAUCAGAUGGGAUUAGCAUUGUACAUGCUAAUUGGUUGCUAAAAAAGGAAAAAGAGGGGAACCAUUAACCACGACAAUCUAGUGACAGGCUGCUAAUUAGUUUCUUUGUACCGUUAAUGGGGACCUUUUCUGAGACUAAAAGCAUGAUGAUAUUGAUGUUCAAAAUUGAAUUUCUGAAGCAGUUUCUUGCACAUAUUUUCUAUAUGAGAAAAUACUGUUUCGGUUCUAACAGCUGAGAGUUUCCUGGAGAAACUAGCAAAACAAUAUCCCUACUAAUUGGUUACAAGUACAGGAAGGAAAGAGGAUUUCUCGCAACGGAUGAUGACCAAGGCUUCUUAACUUCUUACGUCCUCUGAUGGUUCAAUGGUUGGAACUUUGAUAGUUUGAGACGUACUAAGCGGAUGGGCGUGGAUUCACCUGAUCCUGAUGGGCAUAGGCUUUGUACGAUCAUGAAAAUUAGAGUCGGAGAAUUGACCCUUUGUGUGCUUGUGGAACUUACGUCUUUUAGUCACGUGGGAUUUACAAUUUUCUGGUCCGGUGGAUUGACAAUUUUUAUUAUUUGAAUAAAUAUAUAAUUCGUGUAUUAAAUUUUA